CAGCAAGCAACCACUCAAACCCUGAAGAUCUAUGCAAUGCUGCUCAUGUUAUCCCGACCCGUGUAGUGGACUCCAUAAACUAUGUUGAAGAUACUAUUUAUGCUGGACCAGAGGCUCUGUAUAAUACGACAACAACGCCAUAUUCUAAUCAGAUUUUAGCUCAGCCAAAUUAUGAUUCAAUGAAGAUCUUUCUGUCAUUGACGGGCUUUCCUGCCAUGGCAAACAUAUUCCAACCCACAAACCAAUAUCCUCCACCUAUAAUUUCAGUUGCUAAUGUGGAUGCAUCCAACACUACCAUUAAUGCUGUCAACCAUGAUGGAGGUAGCUCUCCCAAUGUUCAUAGUCCCAAUCCACCCAACCCCAAUGUGAAUAUUUCGUCUCCACCUUUGCUUCCACUCCCAGAGUUUCACUCAGUUGUGAGGGUUAUCUCUGAACACCAGUCUACCCAUUAUUCAAUGCUUCUUCCUUCGGUGUUUGCAGCCCAAGCAUUUUCUCCAAGACUAGACAUUGUACGUAUUUGUGAACUCCACAAGCCACCUAUUGUGAUGAAGCUUCGUUGGAGGAGUUCUAGGUCAUCUGAGGCCUUCCUUACAAGGGGGUGGCACAAAUUCUCUGUUGAGCAUGGAUUGCGGUGUGGUAGUGUUCUGCGCCUAAGUGUUUCAAUCGAUGAUGAAAUCACAAUGUACAUAACUAUGUGACGUCGGUAGACAUGUUAGGUUGAAGUUAUUUUGAAUGGUUUCACCAACUGUUGUAGUGAAAUGUUAGUAUCCAUUCAUGUUUAGCAAUUAAGUGUAGAAUGAAAUUCUCUAUGGAAGUAAUGAACAUCACCAUAACUCUAAAAUUGUCUCCAGUUAAUAUAAUUAGGGAGAUUGUCGCUAACACUUCAACUAUUCCGACAUGUAUUUGUCGUGAAUCGAAAAUUCUGACAUUACCUUUCUUGGAGCAUACUCAUAUUCCAGUACGUAUUUGUCAUGAUUCAAGAAUUUUGAGAUUACAUUUC